CAAAAAUAUGAAUUAUAGAAAAACAAUGAAUAAAGGACAAAAGCCAAAAAUACUGCAGAAUAAAAGAACAAAAUAUAAUGAAAUGGAUCAAUCAAAAAAAGAGGAACUGCUUACUACAAAUAUGAAUUAUAGGGAAACAAUGAGUAAAGAACAAAAGCAAAAAAUACUGGAGAAUAAAAGAAUAAAAUAUGAAGAAAUGGAUCAAUCAAGGAGAGAAGAACUGCUUACUAAAAAUAUUAAUUAUAGAAAAACAAUGAGUAAAGAACAAAAGCGAAAAACACAAGAGAAUAAAAGAGCUAAAUAUGAAGCAAUGGAUCAAUCAAAGAAAGAGGAACUGCUUUCUAAAAAUAUGAAUUAUAAGGAAACAAUAAGGAAAGAACAAAAACUAUUAGAGAACACGAGAGCCAAAUAUCAAGAAGUGGAUAUAUCAAAGAAAAAGGAGUUGAAAGAAAAACGGAUGGAAAAGAAAUCUCAAAUUCAUGACAUUGAAAAAUUUAAAAAACAAAUUAAAUCUGGCCCAUUUUACAUAUGCUGUGUGUGUAACCGAACAUUAUAUAAAAAGUCAGUAGUAAUCCUACAGAAAAAUAAAUAUCCUCGCCAGGAUUGUUUUGUGCUUCAAUGUUCUUUUGAUGGCAAAAAUUACAUCUGCAAAACAUGCCAUGCUAAAUUACUUAAAGGUCAACAGCCUUGUCAAGCUGUGGUAAACAAUUCAUUUGUUGAUGAAACCCCUACUGAACUUGCUGCAUUAGAGAAACUUGAACAAAUUCUCAUUGCACAGAGAAUAGUCUUUGAAAAAAUUGUAAUAAUGCCGAAAGGACAACAAAGAAAAAUUAAAGGUGCAAUAUGUAAUGUACCAGUUGAAUGUAGUCAAACAUGUAACGUUCUUCCCAGACCACCUGACAGAUCUGGGAUAAUUUUACUCAAAUUAAAAAGGAAACUUCAAUUUAGAGGUCAUGUUUACUUCCAAGCAGUUCGCCCUCAGUUUGUAAUUAGUGCAUUAAACUGGCUUAUAGCAAACAAUCCGUUAUAUAGAAACAUUGAAAUUCAAUGUGACAACAUCAGCCCAGAGUUGACUAAUUUGAACUGUCCUGUUACAGAUCAAGAAAGUAUAGACGAGCAUUUGCAAACCAAUGUAAAUAGAGAACUUCUUAAUGAAGAUACUGAAGAACAAGAUGAUCCAUUAAAUGAACACCGUUCAGCUGCAACUGAAACUUGUCUUCAAUCCAUCUUGCCAAAUUAUCCUGUAAACGUGGGCAAUAGAAACUGUGAUAAUUCAACAGGUAGAGAAGUUAUCAACAUUGCACCAGGUGAAGGUAAACACCCAGUAUCGUUGAUGACUGAUAAGCUUUGUGAGGAACUUUUAUUUCCAGUACUCUUUCCAAAAGGACGAUUUGGGUACACCGUUGAACGAGACAUAAAAUUAUCUCCAAUAAAAUAUUUCAAUGCUCGCCUCUUCCAUUUUAGUGGGAAAUUUGCAACCAACCCAGAGUAUCUAUUCUUUGCACAAUUCAUUAUGGAACAGAAAAAGAUCUCUGAUAGUAUAAAUAAAGCUCUUAAAAAAAUACAUGGGCAUUCAGUCACAGCAUCACAAGUAAAAUCAAACAGUCAAGCUUUUCAAAAUCUUCUUUUGCAAGACCAAGCAUAUUUGUUUUUACGACAAAUUCCUGGCUCACCUCCUUUCUGGCAAAAAUUCAUGUAUGAAGUGGUAGCAAUGGUUAAACAACUGGGAAUACGAACAUGGUUUAUGACGCUUUCAUGUGCAGACUUAAGAUGGCCUGAGCUAUUUCAGAUUAUUGCAAGAACAAAAGGCAACAACAUAACAACUGAAGAAGUAGAGGCUCUGUCCUAUCAUGAGCGAUGCUCAAUGUUAAAUUUAAAUCCAGUUAUUGUAGCUAAACAUUUCCAGUAUCGAGUCAAAACAUUUUUCAGGGAUGUUUGGCUUACAAAUGCAAACCCAAUUGGAAAGAUAGUAUAUUAUGCACUCCGUAUUGAAUUUCAAAUGAGAGGUUCCCCACAUUUGCAUGCCUUAAUAUGGACAUCUGAUUGCCCAGACUUAACGAAUGAUACAAAAGAUGCAUACAUAGAUUACAUUGACCAACAUGUACAAGCAUACCUUCCAGACAAAGAAACAGAUCCUCAACUUUAUGACUUGGUGAAAACAUACCAGACACAUAAUCACAGUAAAACCUGUAGAAAGUAUAAGAAUGUUACGUAUAGAUUUAACUUUGGACAGUUUUUUACUGACAGAACAAUUGUUGCUGAACCUUUGGCUGAAGAUAUGAAUGAGGAGAUUAAAUCCAACAUUCUAACUAGACGAAAGGAAAUUUUGUCUAAAGUUAAACAAAAAAUUGAUGAUGUGCUAAACCCAAGCAAACCUACCUAUGAUCCACAUGCAACUCCAACUGACAUCCUAAAUGAUAUAGAUAUUACAGAGCAAGACUAUCAAUGGGCUAUAUCAUUAUCUCCUGAUUCUGACUAUGAAUUGCACCUCAAAAGACCAAUAGAUAGUUGUUUUAUCAACAAUUACUUUAUUGCUGGGUUAAAAGGGUUUGCCGCAAAUGUUGACUUGCAACCAGUGUUUAAUCAUUACAAGUGUAUCACAUACGUUUGUUCUUACUUUACAAAGGAUGAAACUGAAUGUUCUCAAGCCAUCAUAAAUGCAGAAAAAGAAGCUAAAGAAGCCAACUUAAAUGUAAGAGACAUCUCAGGGGCGGAUCCAGCUAAAAAUCUGACCGUAGCAUCUUCAAAGACCUCGCAUAGCUAGGGGAGUCCGGGGGCAUGCCCCCCCGGAAAAUUUUUGAAAUUUGAAGCCCGGAAAUGCCAUUUCCUGCGUUCUGAGCACUGCAUGUGACCAUUAAAUUUGUCCUCAUUGUAUUCAUUUCUCAAGCAAAAAUAAGCCGGAAUGAUCUCAAAAUGUAAAGUAUCGCUCGCGUAUAUCUUAACAUACGAUACCGGUAUGAUACUCGUAUCAUACGCAUAUCAUUAUCAAUUGAAUACCGAAAUACGCGUAUCAUCUACGAACGCAUGUAUCAUACGAAUACGCGUAUCCUAUGAACGCGCGUAUCAUGCGAAUAGGCGUAUCUUAUACGAAUAUAUACGCAUUACAAAGAAAUAUUAGGGCGCUAUACAACACGAUAUAUAUACGCGCGUAUUAUAAUUCGCGUAUUAAUUCCAAUACAUGCAGGUAUACUGUACAUGCGCGCACAAACACUUUAAUAAAGCGAAGUUAAUAUCGAACACUAUACUAAUACAGUAAAAACUCAAAUUAAAAUAUUAAUGUGCAUCUCUUAUUAUUCAUCAGGCUUACCUGACUGGAAAUGAUUCAUUUUACUAUCUGAUUUUAUUUCUGCCUCGACGCGUAUAUAUUCUUUAGCUUUACGACGGCUUUCAUUUGAUUCGAAAUGCGCACAACCAUACUGUGGGUUCCCAAUAGCAUGUUGUUGAUGAGCCAAACACAAAUAUCAGAUAUUCCAUCGUUCUGGAGCAGUAGCCAAUUUCAUGCCACCGUAGCAAACUAUAGCAUUUGCCCCAUUCUGAUUGGUUUGCUACGUUUGACCGUAGCAAACCAAUCAGAAUGCCGUAUAUGCCAAUUUUCGCUACGGUCAGAUUCGACCUUAAUGAAUCUGACCGUAGCGAAAAUUGAUCAUAUGUGGGCAACACGCUACGGUGUAUUUCUGAAGGAUGACUAUUUUCUAAGCUAUAGUCCAUUGUGUAAUGACCAGCAAACGGGCAAUUACAAGCGUAUUUUCGGGCGGGAAUUCUUAAAACAAUUAACGUGACGUAUCAAUGUCAUCAAUUUGUCAAAAUAAAAUGUUUUAAACAUAUAAAACUAAAUAAAAUAAAACCUUGAAAUAUAAACAAGGAAAGUAAACAAAAUAUUCCUAAAUUAUAUUUUAGAUUGAUUUUCUGAUCCAUGUUAAAACUGGCCUAUGGAAAAUCUGACCGUAGCAUAUGCUACAGUUGCAACGGUCUAAAUCCGCCCCUGGUCUAAGAAAAAUAGGUGUAGCUUUUCUUUCGACUCGUGAAGUCAGUGCUCAAGAAUGCGUUUACAGGUGCAUGCCUGAACUCUGGUUAAGAAAAAUAUUCCCGAAAACCCUCUUUGUUACCACAGAUUUUGCUGAAAAUCGUGUUAGAUUUGGGAAGAAACAACAAGAACUUGACGAGUUAG